AUGGUUAAAUACGAUUUAAAUAAGUCCUUUAUUUUGUUAGUCUAUGCUUUUCAAAUUAGUUUUACUAUAGCAAAUCGUCAUGCUAAUUACCAAUUUGCAAGAACAAACAAUAAUGAUUUACAAGCAUGCCUUUCAUCGUCAUUGCCAUUAUCAGUACGCACUGUUUAUCCAUGUAACACUUUAACAAAUCAAAAUAGUUCUCGAUAUCAAUGUGAUCAUUUCAACGUUAGUGACUUGUCAAGUGUUCGCGGAGGUCAAAUUUCUCAUUCACCUGCUGUUAUUGUGUAUGCAACGAAGAGUAGCGAUGUACAAAACGUGGUACAAUGUGCAACAAAAUUAAAUUACACAGUGAAUGCAUUAAGUGGAGGUCAUAGUUAUGAAGGCUAUGGCUUAGGUUCAAUGUACAACAACAUUAUUAUUAACAUGGAAGCAAUCAAUUAUAUUUAUGUUAAUGAACGUGAUAGAACUGGUAUAUUUGGAGCUGGCGCAAGACUCGGUCCAAUCUAUUACACAACAUAUCAAUACAAUGAAUAUACAAUUAACGCUGGAACUUGUGCAUGGGUAGGACUUGCUGGUCAUGCACUUGGUGGUGGCCAAGGUUUUCUCGCUCGAUUAUAUGGAUUACUAUCCGAUAACAUCUUGGAAAUGAAAGCCGUUAAUGCUCAAGGUGAACUAUUGACAAUAAAUGAAACUCAUGAAUCCGAAUUAUAUUGGGCAUUACGUGGUGCUGGCGGAGGUUUGUUUGUUAUUGUAACAGAAUUUAAAUUUCGACUAGUUAAAUCUCCGUCACUCGUCACGAGUUUUUCAGCUAUCUGGUAUUCGAAUGCAACAAAAUUAGUAAUGCAACGAUAUCAAUCAUUGUUAUUUGAUGACAAAACAUUGAAUUUAAGCGACAAUAUAUUUGUGUCAAUGAAUGUGAAUAAUUUUUAUGUUGAAAUUUUAAUAAUAUAUUUUGGUAUCGAAUUAGAAGAGCUUAAUAAAACUAUAUCGUUAUUAUUAGCAACAUUACCAACUUCCAAUCAAAUUAAUGUACAUCAACGAGAUUGGUUAACUUUUGUUUAUGAAAGAUCAACGGUUAAUGCUGGUGGUAAUCCUCAACAAUUAUUACUUGAGAAUUUAACAUAUCCAACAUCUUAUUUUAAAGCCAAACAUUUAUUUUAUGAUCAACCGAUAAGUGAUCAUAGUCUUGAUCAAUUUAUUGAUCGAUUAGCAUUAGGUGAUGGUCAAAUUUAUCUCGAAUUUAGUCCUUGGGAUGGAUAUUUAAGUAGAGUUCCAGUCAAUAAGACAGCAUUUCCACAUAGACAUUAUAAAUUUGGCAUUCAGUUUAUGAUUUUUUGGAAUGAUGAACAAGAUGAAAAGGAACAAUUGAAUUUGUUAAAUCAAGUAUAUUUGUCUAUCUAUAAUGAUUCAACAAAAUAUUCGUAUAUUAAUUACAUUGAUAGAGAUGUAUCGAAUUGGAUGAAUGUUUAUUAUCAUAUGCAUCAACAACGAUUAAUUGAUAUUAAACAAAUUUAUGAUAAGAAUAACCGAUUUUAUUUUGAAAAAACAAUAGAGUCUAGCGGAGUAAAGCAGAACACAUUUUUCAAUUUUUGUCUUGCAAGCUAUGUGAUUUUCGUAUUUUUCAUCAUAUAAAAAAAACUUGUCAGACAUAGCUAGUAAAGAAAACAUUUUAUGGGAUCCUAGCAUUCAGAAUCUCAUGAAUGGCUAGGGGCAAAAUCGACCAAUACGGGGUUUCGGUCAUGCAAGAUGUGGCCUACGCCAUCAAGGCGCGUGUAUAAUGGAUAUUCCGUGCCAUAAGUACGUGCGCAAGCAAUUGCGACGAGUAAAUCUCGACAAUUCUGUAUUGUGUAAGAGUUCAAAUUUUCGGGGUGGACUGCAAAGUCGAUUAGUAAUUCGACAGCGGAUGAGUGUGGGUAUGGGCGUGGGUUAUAGGUGUGAGGUGUGGGUGGGUGUGGGGGUGGGUGUGGGGGUGGGUGUGGGUGUGGAUAUGGGUGCGUGGGUAUGAGUGCGGGUGGGUGCCGGUGAGUGUGGGUGGGUGUGGAUGUGGGUGUGGGUGUGGGGUGUGGGCGUGGGUGUGGGGUGUGGGCGU